AGUUCAGCAGAACUGAGAAGAAUAGAAAGUACGAAAGCUUCAGUGAAAUGGAAGAUUUGCCUUUUGCCUUAAUGUCACACACUGGAGGACUGCAUGGAUUUCCAGAAAAAUAUCAAGAAAUUGUGAGGAAACAGUUUCAAAUAGUAUAUCUUGAUGAAUUUCUGAGGAAUAAGGAUAAAUAUUCUCCAAAGAUUCAGACAAUGCUACUGUGGUGGCAUCUGCCUGUUGUUGACAGAGAACUUCUGGAUUCCCUUCCAAACCUGAAAGUGAUUGGGAGUUCUGGAGCAGGGGUUGAUCAUUUGAAUCUACAGCUUAUAUCAAGUUAUGGCAUCAAAGUGGCCAACACAUCUCAUGUGGGAGAUGAUGCUACGGCGGACACGGCGAUGAGCCUCAUGUUGACCUCUGCUAAACAAAUAAUUCAAGCCCACCAUAUAGCUUGUUCACCGGAAACAAAACAUUUUGAUUUGAACUGGGAGAGUGAAAAUAUUACUGAGGCCACACUUGGCAUCAUAGGAAUGGGAGGCAUUGGGUACAGCAUAGCAUUGAGAGCCAAAGCUUUCAGAAUGAGGAUUAUCUACCACAACAGGAACCGAAGAUGCCUGGAGGACGAAACAGCAGUGAGUGCUGAAUACUACAGUAAGAUAGAUGACUUGCUCCAGCAAGCUGAUUUUGUGAUGCUAGCUGUGAAGCUGAAUCAAGACACUCACAAACUGAUUGGGAAACGAGAGCUAGAACUGAUGAAGCCUACAGCCACUAUCGUUAAUAUCAGCAGAGGUCACGUAAUUGAUCAGGAUGCUUUAGUGGACGCCCUUAAAAAUGGAACAAUCAAAGCUGCUGCUCUAGAUGUCACAUAUCCAGAGCCCCUUCCAAGAGAUCAUCCUUUACUGACAAUGGAGAAUGUCAUAGUGACACCCCAUAUUGGGACCGCCAAUGACAGAACCAGACGCAAAGUUGCAGAAAAACUUGUUGCAAAUGCAUCUGCCUUACUAAAGGGUUUUCCUGUAGAUGAUAUAGUUACUGUAUCAUGAUUUUAUUUUCUUAAAUUGGUUAUGUUCUAAAUAAAAAAAUGUACUGAAUAAAUGCAAUUCUGUACCCAUGUGUUGAAAUAUUGCUCCUAAUUUUAAGUAUAAUCAGAAUUACUGUUUUGUUUUUUUAAA